AUGCAACUCGUUCUGCUGUUCUGUUUCGUCCUUGCCGCACACUCUCUAGCCAUCGACCAGAGAUCGUGCGUCUCGCCCGAGGUACUGACUGUUUCUAAACAAGUCUCGGAUCCACACUACUUCUGUGCAUGGUAUCUCAAGGAUGGAAGGACCAAUUCUCCGAUUCUGGGCAUCAAUGUGAAUGCACUGCUAUCAGCGUGUCAGUGUGUCGUCAGUGUUGAGCCCUCAGGCAUUGAAGCAAAGAAUCUGGCAGCGAUUCAGAAGGCAGCACGUCUUCAAAGCUUUGUCAGCGCAACAUGUCCGAGCACACCUGCCAAUCCCAUCACCAAGCAAUUCACCAGUCCAACUUCUUUCUGCCAAUUCUCCGCGUCUUUCGAACGACAUGAUUCACCUAUACCGAACUUGAACGUUCCUGCCGUGCGCAAAGUUUGCAAGUGUAUCUUGAGUGGUCCUAAGAUAUCGACUUCCAGCAUGCAAGUCAACUACGGGCAAAAAAUCUUCUACUGCGAUCAGAUCUUCAACAAAGACCUCAUUAUCGAAGAUCACCGUCUCAAGCAAGAGCUCAUCAUCAACCAGACUUUCUGCGACUUCAUUGUCAUCAACUUCGCGAACCUCAAGUCGCGUGUCAUCCUCAAGCAAGUCUUCGUCAUCCAGAUCUUCGACUAG